AUGGCUUGGGGCCACUAUGACCCACUGCAGGACGAGGAGUAUGAUUCGCUCGAUGAGUCUGAGUCGUGGACCAGUGCACCGGAGAACAUGGUUGGAGCACAGAACGCUCCACUCGCAGAGGCACAGUUCGAUCACGAUGAUGGCAGUGAAGACGAAGACGAUGCGAAAUUGAGAAACUUAGAAGCGGCGGACGAGGACCCGGACAGCGACAUCGACAAGGACGGUCCCUCUUCUCAUGCACCCGGAAGCUCGAAGGAGAAGCGUGCCGCUCAGAAUGCCAUCUUUAGGGCGUUCGCGAUCAAAAAAGAAGAGCAGAUUACCGAGAAAGAAGUCAAAGAAGCGCUCCAAGAGAUUGAGGAUAGCAAGCUCUCCAUCAAGCAGCUGUUGAAGAAGCAGGAGACCAGUGUCAGCAUUAGCAAUCCCCGGGACUACCAAACCGAGCUGUUCCAACGAGCAAAGGAUGACAACAUCAUCGCCGUCUUAGGCACUGGCUCUGGCAAAACUCACAUCGCCACCCUUCUCCUCCGGCAUAUCCUUGAUCUAGAACUCGAUUCUCGCAAAAAGAGGCAACCGCCGAAGGUCUCAUUUUUCUUGGUCAAUUCGGUUAACCUGGUGUUUCAACAGUCAAAUGUUCUGGAUUGUGGCCUCGGCGGUCAUGCGGUCGAGGGCAUAAGCGGCUCCAUGGGACCUAGUCUAUGGAAUAAACAGACAUGGCAGAAACACUUCGACAAGAACAUGGUCAUCGUCUGCACAGCUCAAGUUCUUGUGGACUGCAUGAUGCAUUCUUUUAUCAAUAUGACCAACAUCAACAUGCUCAUCUUUGACGAAGCUCAUCAUGCUAAGAGUGGACACCCUUACGCCCGGCUAAUGAAGGAGUAUUACUUUACCGUAUCGGAUGCCUCACAGCGACCUCGAGUAUUUGGGAUGACUGCUUCGCCUAUCGACGCCAACAAGGACAUCCGAGAUGCAGCCAUUCAGCUCGAGGCAAUGCUUGACUGCAAGAUUGCCACCACAUCCGAUAUUACACUGGCUGCGAACGCGAUCAACAAACCGACCGAGGAAAUCGCUAGAUAUACAAGACUACCUGCUGGCUAUGAAACAAAGCUUCACCGAGAACUGAAAGCUCGUUUUGGGCAUAUGUCCGUCUUCGCGAAGCUCUUCAAUCAGUCAAAGCGCUUCGCGUCGGAGCUUGGAAGGUGGGCGUCUGAUGAGUACUGGACCUUUGCUUUUACCGAAGCCGAAAGCCGUAAGCGCGAGAUCAGAGAAGAGUUUAGAUUUCACAAAACCUUCACCAGUGGAUCUGUCGACAAGCUGAAUGAGCAGAUUGGACAACUUCGAGAAGCAGCCGAGUACGUGAAGAACUACGACAACGGUGUCCCUACAAUCACACCAGAGGACUUGAGUUCGAAAGUGCUUCUCCUCCACUGGUACCUGAACGAGUACUAUCAACGCCAUGGUAAUAACAGGUGUAUUGUUUUUGUGGAGCAGCGUCAGACUGCACGGCUUUUGCAUCACGUCUUCACACACAUCGGCGGGCCGCAUCUUCAUGGUGGCAUUCUGGUUGGUGUUAGCGGAAGCAUCGGAGAUUUCAAUGUUUCCUUAAGCAAGCAGGUCAGGACAGUAUCUGACUUCAGAAAAGGCGAGCUGAAUUGUAUAUUCUCCACAUCUGUUGCGGAAGAAGGACUCGAUAUCCCUCAAUGCAAUCUUGUGGCUCGCUUCGACCUUUACAAGACAAUGAUUGGGUACGUUCAGUCGCGAGGCCGCGCGAGGCACCAAAACUCAAGAUAUCUUCAUAUGAUUGAGGAAGACAACCCUCAACAAGAGUCACUCAUAUUUGACGCAAUAAGUGCAGAACAGCGAAUGAAGGCGUUCUGCCAGGGCUUGAGCGGAGAUCGGUUGCUUGAUGAGCCAGAUGCACGCCUCAUCCAGCUUCUCCAGGCUGAGAGCAAUCUUCCCCACUAUCAGGAUCCAACCACUGGAGCGAGACUAACCUAUAGCUCGAGCCUGUCGGUCCUUGGCUACUUCGUCGCAUGCCUUCCGAGAAAGAACGAGCAAGUGGACUGUCAGCCCACCUACGUUACAGCCCGCGCGGUGAACAGCGAUGUGAAUGGCAUGCGUGAGAGUGGUUUCCAAUGUGAAGUCAUUCUUCCGGAGACUUCACCGAUUACCUUCAAGACGGGAAAGGUCCACCGAAAGAAAGCUCUUGCGAAGUGCUCUGCGGCGUUUGAAAUGUGUAUGGAUCUUCGGAAAAAGGGGUACCUUGAUGAAAACCUACUUUCCACGAUGAAGAAGGCAGCACCUGAGAAGGCUAAUGCACAUCUAGCUGUCAACGAAAAGAAAAAGAAUCAAUACCCCAUGCGAGUCAAGCCAGAAAUCUGGGAUACUGGCCUGGGCAGCACACCUGAACUCCUCUACCUCAUGGUUGUAGACGUGGACACCGGUCUCGAUCGGCCGCAUCAAGCCCUCGGACUUCUCACGCGGAUACCACUUCCUCAAUUCCCUUCAUUUCCUAUCUACUUGAAAGAUGACCGGGAGUCCAACGUUGUCAUGGUCCCCCUGAGCAAACCUCUCCAGGUCACAAUUGAGGUGCUCGAGCUGUUCACCAAAUUUUUCCACCACAUUUACCUGGACAUCUUUCACAAGGACUUUGAGACUGAUCUUACUAAAAUGUAUUAUUGGCAAGUUCCAGUCCGUCACUUCAAGACCCCGGUUGCGACGUCGGCCGCUCCAGAGGAUGUCAUUGACAUGGGUAAAGUGCGGUCUAUAUGUAGUAAGCCUGAGCACCGGUGGACACCGGACAUGCCCCAUGAGGAGCUCCUAGACAAGUAUAUCGUCGAUCGCGGUGCUGGCGGGCGCCGCUUCUACUCGAUUCGUGUGAUGCGAGACAUGAAACCAUUAGAUCGCGUUCCCGACAAUGUUCCAGCCUGGAAAUGGAACGAGAACAUCCUGGACUACUCCGUCAGUCUUUGGAAGAAGGAUCGUGCCCGUCGAGUGUGGGACGUCUCCCAGCCUGUCAUGCAAGUGGAGAAAAUUGGGCAUCGGCGCAACUGGCUGGCGAAGGUUGACACCAAGGAUGAUGAGGAAGUCAACGAGAUCAAAGGGAACAACAUAACAUAUUUGUGUCCAGAACCUCUUCGUAUUUCGGCAUUACCUGUACCCUUCGUAGCUAUGUGUUACGUCUUCCCCGCAAUCAUCAACCGAGUGGAAGAUUAUCUCAUCGCACUGGAGGCUUGUAAGAUGUUUGAACUCAAUAUUGGACCUGCUCUCGCCCUUGAAGCUACUACGAAAGAUUCCGAGAACUCUGAUGAGCACGGGCAGGAGAAGAUCAAUUUCAAGAGCGGGAUGGGAUCGAACUACGAACGACUUGAAUUUCUCGGCGACUGUUUCCUAAAGAUGGCAACGUCAAUCUCUACGUUCGUACAGCAGCCGGAUGAGAACGAAUUCGAGUUUCACGUGCGCCGCAUGCAAAUGCUUUGCAACCAAAAUCUAUUCGAUACAGCGGUAAAGGAAACGAACCUCGUCGAGUACAUCCGUACCGCAGCAUUUUCUCGACGCACAUGGUAUCCAACUCUCAAAUUGCUGAAAGGAAAGGGAGCUCAAGCUGGCACCAAAGCAGACCAUCACAACCAGGUCAUCAAGCACGCCCUUGGAGAUAAGUCCGUCGCCGACGUCUGCGAAGCGCUUAUCGGCGCUGCUUUCAUGCAGCACAAUCAACGAGGGCACUGGAAUUGUCAAAUGUGGAACGAAGCUGUCAAAGCAGUCACUCAAUUGGUGAAGAGCGAUGAUCAUCUCAUGGAGAGCUGGUCAGAUUACUAUAAGUCCUACCAGUUGCCGAAGUAUCAACUGGCCGAAGCGACUGCCGCUCAACUAGACCUUGCCGCCAAGAUCGAGAGACAGUAA